CAAACGUCAGCUGGUGUUUUACUCCAGUAAAAUUUAUAAUAAUUCUGAAAUCAUUUCCCUGUAUAAUGAGUAUUAAAGAAAAUGAUGUUCAUAUCUUAUUCACGGGUUAUUCCAGACCGGAUAGCAAUGAUUCCAACGCCAUGCGGGCCAAUUGCACCUGUACUCUAAUACGUACACGCAAUGGACGCAACAUUAUCGUUGAUACCCUCACCGCCUGGGAUGGAGAACGACUAACCGAAGCCCUUCAAAACUUACAUGGGCUCAAGCCACAGGAUAUACAUGUUGUUGUUUGUACACAUGGUCACUCCGAUCAUACCGGCUGUAACUAUCUCUUUCGUUCAGCGCAAUGGCACUUUAUGGGCGCUUGUGUCUCCAAUCGUGACAAGUAUUUAGAAUGUCCAUUAACCCGUGGUGAUUCGGAACCUUUUCAAUUGUGUGGAGACGAUGUGGUCGUAGUACGCACACCAGGCCACACACUCAAUUGUGUGUCGGUAUUGGUGCGAGGCACUAAUCUGGGGGAAGUUGUAGGAGUUUGUGGUGAUUUAUUCGAACGUGUCGAGGACAUUAUGGAUCCAACCAUUUGGCUGGAGGCAGGUAGUGAAAAUGAGGAAUCUCAGCGAAUACAACGCUUGCGUAUGAUCGAGAUGUGCAACUAUAUAAUACCAGGUCAUGGUCAGGGUUUUGCCGUAACAGAAAAUAUGAGGGAACUACUGCGACAACAAGUGAAUUCGAGCGAUACAAAUAAGCAGUAUGAACGCUAACAUUGCGAUGUAUAUUUAAAGAUUUUAUUAAAACAAAUGCAUGAUAGCUUUAGAAAAUUUAG